UUCAAUCGUUCAUUAUUAAUACCUUAUAAUCAAGUAUAUCCAUCACUCUAUGGCGAUGAUGAUAAAUCAAGUCAUUUAAUGAAAACAUUCUGUCAAAGUCAAGAUCAUUAUAUGAAAGAUGAAGAUAAUAAUAAUACACAUGAAACAUCGAGUUCAUUUGGAUUUUGUCAAGAUACAGAUUCUGAUAUAGAUUCGAGUGAAAUUGAUGAUGAUGAUGACGAAAAGAAAAAAUCUUAUGAUAGUGGUUAUGGUAGUGUCAUGCCAAGACGACCAUCUCGAUUAAUUCCUAUUGAUGUUGAUAUACAUACGAAGAAGAAUAUGGAUGAACAUUCAACAAGUCAUUAUGAUAUUCCCGGACUUGUAUUACGACGAGGACAACCAUUUUCAUUUACGGUGACAUUUAAUAGAGAUUUCGAAGCUGAUCAGUAUCAUAUAUAUGUUCGAUUAGCAAUAGGUGCUCGAUCAAUGAUAUCAAAAAAGACACAGAUAAGACUUUUAGUAGAUGGAACACCUAAUGCAAAUGGUUGGGCAGCUAGAAAGAUUCCUACUGAAGGUGAAGAUGAAAAGAAGAAGAAUAAUCGUAUUUCUCUUCAAGUUGAUUCGCCUUCAGAUGCAAUUAUUGGCAAAUAUACUUUAUUACUUGAAGUUCGUUCAGCUAAAAAAGAGGAAGAAUUUCCAAUGGAUAAACAAGAUCUAACAUUAUUUUUAUUUGAAGUUGAUAUUUAUUUUCUUUUUAAUCCAUGGAAAAAAGAGGAUGCUUGUGCAUUACAAUCACCAGAACAAAUUGCUGAAUAUGUCAUGAAUGAACAUGGACAAAUAUUUCUCGGUUCAUCUGACAAACCGAGACCAAUUCCAUGGUAUUUUGGGCAAUUUGAAAAAUCGGCAUUGCAUGCUGCACUUACCCUUCUCGAUAAUGCACAAUUACCACCACAAAAUCGUGUUGAUCCAUCGAUUAUUCUUCGUAUACUUUCAUCAAAAAUUUGUUCAAAUCCAGGUGCAAAUAAUGGAAUAUUUUCUUCAUCAUAUAAUGUUCGACCUGUUACACCGGAAAAAAAUGGAUUAACAAGUAGUACAGCUAUAUUAAAACAUUAUCUUGCAUCAAAUUGUCGAUCAGUACACGGUGGAAGUGGAACGAAUUGGCAACAUGCAGCUAUUCUUUGUACUUUAAGUCGAGCUUUAGGAAUUCCCUGUCGGAUUGUUACUGUUUAUAAUGCUGCUUGUCGAGCUGAUGGAACAGAUAAUAAUGAUGUUCAUUGGGAUACAAAACAACGACCGUUACAAAAACUCAAUUCAGAUUUAAUAUGUACUUCACAAGUAUGGAAUGAAUGUUGGAUGCGUCGUGUUGAUUUACCUAAUAAUGAACAAGAUUGGCAGAUCAUUGAUUCAACUCCAGUACCAAUGUGUGAUGGAAUACGACGAACUGGCCCAUGUCCAGUAUCAUGUUUAAAGAAAGGUGAUUUAGGUUUCCGAUGGGAUUCACCAUAUAUUCAUUCAUCAAUUAAUGGAAAUAAAUCUCAUUGGAUUGUAUAUCCAGAUGGAUAUAUGGAAAUGUUAGAUGUCGAAAGAAAUAAAAUUGGUACUAAAAUAAUUACACGAUCAUUAACUAAUGAAACUGAACCAGAAGAUAUUACUGAACGUUAUAAAAAUGCAGCCGAAUCGUCCAAUGAAGCAGAAAAAUCGGAUACACAAUCGAAAAAUGAUGUUAAUUUUGAAUUAUUAGUAUCAGAAGAGAAUAGGUUUGGAGAUACUAUUACAUUAGCAGUCAAUGUACAUAAUAAAUCAGAAGAAAAACGUACAAUAAAAACAGCUUUUACCAUAUGUAUUGCAAGUGGUACUGGUCCAAAAUCAGCUUCUUAUACUGAUUAUCCAGUUCAAACAUUAAAUCUUGAUGGUGGCAAAGAUGAAACUAUUCAAUUUAAAAUUAGUCCACCACAAUAUAUGAAAUAUGGUCCACAAGAAAAUAUUGUUCUAAAAUACUUCGUCAAUGCACAAAUUCCAGAAACUAAUCAAACAUAUACACGUGAUAGUAGUAUUAUCUUUAUCAAAGAUGAUGUUGCUAAACCAUUUCUUAAUGAAGAUGUAAUUGAAAUUGGCAAACCAGUCUUAAUGAAAAUUCAAAUUGCUAAUACACUUUCACGUCCGUUAAAUAAUGGACGUGUAUAUAUUGAUGGGCUAGGUCUUAAUCAAAUAAUGCGUGUAAAUCGAUCGUUUGCACCCAAAGAAUCAACUACUUUACGUGUUAGACUUCAUCCAACACGUGUUGGAGUUAGUCGUCUAUAUAUAACAUUUAUAGCCGAUUGUCUUUAUUCAUCAACACAGUCAAUUCCACUUGAAAUAACUCGUGAUCCAGUUAAAACAUCAGAUAGACCAGCUAAAAAAUCUGUAGAUCUACCUAGAAAACAAAGUGAACCGUCUGGAAAACCACCGGUACCAUCCGCGAAACAAGAUGAACCGCCUAAAGAACAAGAAGAAAUACUGCAAAAACAAGCUGAACCAGCAGAAAAAUCAGAUGCAUCACCUGAAGCAACAGAUCAGCUAUCUCUAGCAACAGAGAUGGGAACUGAAAAAACAGAUGAACCAACGGAAAAAACAGAUGAGCCAUCUAUUUCAACAGAUGAACCUUCUGAAAAAAUCGAUGAGCCUUCCGAAAAAACAGAUGAACCAUCUGAAAAAACAGAUGAAUCUUCUGCGAAAACAGAUGAACCUUCUGCUAAAACAGAUGAACCAUCCGAAAAAACAGAUGAACCAACUGAGAAAACAGAUGAAUCAACUGAAAAACCAGACGAACCAGCAGAGAAAAAAGACGAACAACUGUUAGAAAAACCUAAUGAGACAUCUGAAAAAGCAGAUGAAGCACCUGAAAAACAAGAUGAAGUGCCCAAAGAAUCUGAUAAACCAGCUGAGAAACAAGACGAACCAGCUGCAAAACCAGAAGAACCAUCGGAAAAACAUGAUAAAUCAUCAGAAGAUCAAGAUGAAACAUUAUCAAAAACUGGUACAGACGUACCUUCAAGCACAGAAGAAAAAUCAGAAACACCAGAAACAAUACCUCCAUCAGAAUCUGCUACGAUAACUGAAAAUCAGGAUGAAUCAUUAGCUAGUGAAGCACAACCAGCAACACUCACAUUACCAACAACACCAACAGUUGAAGCUGAAAAUCCCGAAAUUACUCUAUCACCAGAUACAACAGAAACAAAAUCUGACGCAGCACCAAGUGAAAAUCAAACUGAAGAUGGUGAUCCAGCUGAUCUACAAAAUAUUGAUAACUUAACACUUCCUGGUGGCAAAUCAAUAGAUAAAGAUAAAAUAUCAGUUGAUAGUUUAGAUAUGUCUAAUGAUCGUCGUACUGCUGAAUAA